AUGCUGUCAUCCCACCGGAGGCCAUUUGGACACGGCGAGUGCUUCUCACGAUCAACCAAGCUGUGGAAUUUUUCCAAGGCCGGGGUCGAGGCGAUGGUGGCCUUGAUGGAAGAGAAGAUAAAAAAGAUCGACGUCGGCAUGGGUAGUGGAGAUUCAGUGGAGAAGAUACCCUUCUUCUUCUCUUCCAUCAAGGCCAACAUCGCCUCGGUCUUGGUUUUGGAAGAGGUCCACAGCUUCGUUGAUAGUGAGAAAGCACUCGCCGUAUAUUCGAAUAGUCUCCGGUCGGACCACGGCAUCGGUCAGUGUUUCGGCUGUGAUCAUGUGCUCCGAGUUGAAGUCCGGUCCGAAACGUCGACGCUGGCGAUACAUGGCCUCGUCAGCUGA